AGACAACAGAAGACUUACCUUCAUAUACCGCCCCGACGAAUCAGCGAGCCGAGAUAACAUCCGUUAUCCUCGGUCUAAGGAUGGCCUUGAAGAGAUAUGAUCAACUACACUCGGACCCUUGGUUGGAUGUCACGAUCUACUCCGACUCGGCAUUUGCAGUUAACUGUAUGGAAGAGUGGGUCUACAAGUGGAUCAGGAACGGAUGGAUGAAUUGUAAAGGAAACGAGGUAGCAAAUCGAGAUCUCAUUGAAGAAGCAGUGGUUCUCAAUGACCGGCUGAAGGAGAAGGGAGAUGUGCGUUAUGUAUGGAUUCCAAGAGAGGAGAAUCAGUAUGUUGAUAAGCUGUGCAAUGAUUUGAUGAACACUAUGUGUUUAGUUGAUAGGCUGUGCAAUGGCCUGAAGAACGCUAGGUGUGACGAGCAAAGCUCCUCUUCUGAUGACAGCUAGUAGACGGAGGGAUUCUGUGUCUAGGAAUCAAACCGACAACCACUUUUCAUUGAUGUUGGAGCGAAUCGAAUCUAUAUUGGCUGAUCGUGGACUGAACUGCUCGAAGGCUAAGUAGGAUAUUAUGCUACAUGAUUUUGCCUCUUGACGCGACAUCUUGACAUUCUUGAUGAAGCAGCUAAAGAGAUAUUGUCGACACGAAGAGGCAGGAUGAGUAUAGGUGUCCAAGUGUGACGACUCACCCGGCUCGUCC